AUGACUGUGAAACCACGCACUCAGGUGGAUCUGCUCACCAAGGCUUGGGUGAACCAUGUGACUGAAGCACAUCGGUCAGCAGUGUGGGCUUGUCUGAAGUCAGUAAUAUCAGGUCUCCCAGACUUGGUUCCUGACCCUUAUUACAUCCAAGCUGCCUCUUACAUCCAGAGAGUGCAGAUGUAUGCACUUCGCUGUGCUGCUGAGGAGAACUGUCUGUCCAGGUCUGCGUAUCAUCCGAGUGUGAGCGACCUUGACUACAGAGUCCUGCUGCGGUUCCCACAGCGAGUGAAGAACCAAGGAACAGCGGACUUCCUCCCGGUGAAGCCCAGGCAUGAGUGGGAAUGGCACAGCUGUCACCAGCAUUACCACAGUAUGGAGGCCUUUAGUAACUACGACCUGCUGGACGUCUCCACUGGACAGAAGGUGGCUGAGGGACACAAAGCCAGUUUCUGUCUGGAGGACACCUCAUGUGACCCGGGAAUAAGACGGCGCUUUGCCUGCACUGCUCACACACAGGGUCUCGGUCCUGGUUGCUACGAUACAUAUCACGCAAACAUCGACUGCCAGUGGAUUGACAUCACUGAUGUACCACCUGGAAACUACAUACUCAAGGUGACAGUGAACCCAUCUCAGCUGGUCCAGGAGUCUGAUUUUUCCAACAACGAGGUUCUCUGCGACAUCAGGUACACAGGAAUCUACGUCCAGGCACGGAACUGCAGGAUUACUGCAAGCUGACGUGACUGAAGACAAAUAUUUCCCCACAGAAAUAUAUAUUAAUACUUUGUUGUUGCUCUCAGUGUACAGUUGCUACUCUGUUGUGCAGCUUAAAUGUUUACUAUUACCUAAAUUUGU